UUCGCGACUGUCUUCCGCGCGGUGACCUGUUUUCAUUGGUUCUCUCCACCACACCCCCAGAUUUUGUUGAUUAAAUUUAAUAACAGGUGGGGGGGGGGUAGAUAACACUUGGUUUUUAAAAUACCUUAACUAAACUAACUUGAUCGAUUACUUACUCUGUAUGGCUCUCAAACAUCUCCAGUUCGAACUUCAAAAACUACACUGUGGCACGUUGUUCUGUACAACCCACAUAACGUGUUUUAAAAAUAGUUGUGCUUUCUUUGCUGGGAACUUCCCCGCGUGUGUUUUAUUGUUGUUGGCAGAAAGGAAAUAUUUAAGUGAGAUCUACAAUAUCUAUAUUUAAGACUCCAGACGCUGCAGAGAGGAAAAUAAGUAAGGCCUGGAGAAAAAUCCUCAAGAAAAUGCAGAAGAUGGCAAAGGAAAGGAACCUCAAAAAGUCCUUUCAAGAUAGUCUUGAAGACAUAAAGAAACGAAUGAAAGAGAAAAGGAAUAAAAGCUUGGCAGAAAUUGGCAAACGAAAGUCUUUUAUAGUUGCACCUUGCCAAAUAAUCACCAACACUUCUACACUGCUAAGAAACUACCAAGACAACAACAAAAUGUUAGUUUUAGCUUUGGAAAAUGAAAAGGCCAAAGUGAGAGAAGCCCAAGACAUCAUCCUGCAGCUGAGAAAAGAAUGUUACUACCUCACGUAUCAGCUAUAUGCAUUGAAAGAAAAAUUUACUUCACAACAAACAGAAGAACCUGCACAGAACCAUGAAGUAAGUUCCUCUGGAAUGGACUCCAAUAGUGACAACAACUCCGGGGAUUUACUUGUAAAGGAUUUACCGCAAGCUCCUCUUCAAGAUGCUCAUCCUCCAGAACAAGGAGAAUCAUUCCAAAUGGAAGAGCAAAUACCUACUAUUCCUCAAGACAGACUGGGAUUUGAUUUGGAUUCAGAUGAAGAUAAGUCUACUGAUAAUAUCUUACCUAGAACUGUAUCUCUCCGUCGCAAUUUAAAGAGACAUUUUAACAGUCUAUGCGAAUUCAACACCUUGGAUAAUUUUGAAAUCGGUCCUCUGUCAAAGCAGCCUUCUGGAUUGGAAACAGUUAGAUGUGUAGAGCCAUUAGUAAACAUGCACAUAUCUGAAAAUGUAGAGCAAAAUGUUUGUCAAUGGAACAAAGAUCAAGUUAACUUAUCACCAAAGCUGAUUCACCCAGGAAUAUCUAAAACAAAAGAAAACAUUUCAGAGUAUAAAUCUGAGCAAACUAAAAAUAAGCAUACAGAUGCACAAGGAAGGAGAAAAGGAGAGAAAAGAAAAGCUAACCGGAGAAAGUCAAAAUCUGUAUCUAAGUACAAAGGGAGCAAAAGUAAAACUAAAAAACCUGUUUCCCAAAAAAAGUUGAAUGAUUUUAUCACUUCCAAUGAUGCUUACAAUUUUAAUUUGGAAGAAGGUGUUCAUCCUACUCCUUUCCGACAAAAAGUGAACAAUGAUUCUAAGAGAGAGGAAAACAGCAGUGUAUCGGAAGAGAGCAGCUCUGAGUCAAGCAGUUCAGAAGAUGAUUCUGAUGACCUCUAUUUGCCCACUUGCAAGCCCAGCCCAAGUCUCGCCAGCCAGUCAGAUACGAGCCCAGUCACCAGGCCUCGAUCUAAAAGGAUACUAAGAUGUAGGGAUGAAAAAGAAAUGGAGAAUUCUCAGCCAACAGAAACUCCUACCAGUGCAGUACCUGAAACUCACCAGUCACCUUAUGUUAGCCUGAAGGAUAUCACCAAUGUCCCCUUGUAUGCUGAAGUGAAACUGAGAAAACUUUCUCUUUCUCCAAAGAAUAGAGAAAGCCCGGCAGUGUCCCUGCCUAAGCGUAGGUGCACAGUCAGUGUGAACUACAAGGAGCCCACCCUCGCUUCGAAACUAAGAAGAGGAGACCCUUUUACAGAUUUGUGUUUCUUGAAUUCACCUGUUUUCAAGCAAAAAAAGGAUUCCAGACGCAGUUCUAAAAAAAAAAAAAGUAUGAAGCAAAUACAAUGAAGCAUUUAUUGGAUACAGUUUAUAUUCACCCCACAUCCCCUCCUAUUGCUCCAAGAGAGAAUCUAUAAAAUAGCACACAAGUGGGUUGAACUACUGCCACAGAAUAAUCUCUUAAAUGGACUCUAGAUCAUGAACAUUUCUUAAAAUCUAUACUUAAGAUGUGAUCUUUUUUCUUAAACCUUUAAUAAGAUUUGGUUUAUUUCUUCUUUUAAAUAUAAUUAACUGGGCUUAAGCACUAUUAUAGUUAGAUUUCUUAUACUGCCUAAAACCCGUAAUUUUAGUCAAAAUUAUACCAACAUUUUGGGAAUUAAUGAUUAUUCAAAUAAGAUGUUUUAAUUAUAACCUUCUGGCCCUUUUACUUUUCCCUUUAGUGGGGAAUACUAGAAUGAUUUUUGAAAACAGGCUGAGGUUCUUUUGAAACUCCUUAUAUGAUAUUUGAAUUAAUUCUUGACAUUCACAGUAGGGUAUGCCCUAUUAUUUGUGUCUCCUUUAUACCAUUGCUGUAUUUAAUUUUUCAGAUAAAAUGUGCAUGACUAGAAAAUUGAUGGUGGCUUAGGCUAAGGGACUAGGUAAGCAACUAUGAACCCCAAGCUAAGCUCUGGGUGUAUAUUGUUCAAAGUGAUCGCUCAGCAAAAUCACAAAUUAUUAUCUCAUGGGCUUUCAGGAUAGUUAUUUAUUCAGUCAAAAACUCAAAUAUUAAAUUUAUGAAUGCCAAGGAUUUUUUCAUAUUUUUCAUCAACCAAUGAGAGGGAAUUAGUUCAGUUCUGAAAGUUGAAGCCACUGCUCGUAAUAUACCUCUUUAAACUUUAAAGCACUGUAGAUUACCGAUUUUUAAAGAGCAAUAAAAUUUGUAUACUAUAGUGCUUGUGUUUUUCAUCUGUUCUUUAAAUAUCAGAGUAUGUAUAUGGUCAUCGUACUUUCUAGCCUUCACUCUUCUAAUCCAUCUUGGACACUUCUCUCCCCAUUUUGCUUUUCUCUGUAGUCAUUGCCAUGAAACUCUUAGCUCCCCCACCAUACUCUCAACCUAACACUUCUCUCAACUUUUUAUGGUGGAAUCUCCAGGUCCAUGACCAACAAAUUCUAUUUUAUUGGAGGACUCUUCAAUCCUCACCUCCAGUUUUCUUGACUAUAUCUCCAUACCUUUCUGCAUUCUAUAUCAGUCACACCCCAAAUCCUUUUUAUCAGCCAAAAUUUUUUUAUUCCUGACCUCCAAAGCCACAUGCUUUUUUGUACUUUUAAAUUGAUGUCCCUGUUCUCAAAUAUCAGUCCUCACUGAUUUAUAUGUCCUACUCUCCCAACACAAUCUUUUUUCCCCCUACUUUAUUUGUUCAACCAUUCCCCUUAUACCUGUUCUAUAAAUUCAUAAAAACUCUUGAAUGGCUACUUUAACUUAAGAUUACAUCCAACUUCAAAUUUCUCAGUCAUAGUAGCCACAUUUCAAAUGCCCAAUAGCCACAUGGCUAGUGGUUAUCAUAUUGGGGACAAUGCAAAUGUAGAAUAUUUCCAUCACCACAGGAAGUUCUAUUGGACAAUGUUGCUCUGGGCCAGCAAUGCGCAAACUAUAGCCUUUAGGCCAAAUACAGUCCUCUACUUGCUUUCAUAUGGUCUGCAAGUUAAAAAUGUUUAUGUUUUUAAAUGGUUGGAAAAAAUCAGAUCCUGGCAAUCAAUUUGGGUGAUUAAAAAAACACUAAAUUUGAACCCCUACGAAGUACUUACAUAAAAUCUUUGAUUGCAUCUUUUUGGCCUACAGCCUAAAAUAUUUAUUCUCUAGCCCUUCUACCAAGAAAGUUUGCCAGCUCCUGCUCCAGACAUUCACUGCCUUUACUUGGAUCCUCUGUUGACAUUUUGUGAUCUAGCUUUGAUCCUUCCCUUCAUCUCCAAAAUCAUUACUCUAAAUUUGUUUUUGUUCUUUUAAUAUUUCUGUAUUCUUACUGUAGUGUUUAUCCAUAGAUUGUAAAGAAUUGUUUUUUGUGUUUUAACAUUUUACAUGAAUGUUACAUUGUAUAUAUCUUUCUGUAAUGACUUGUAACUCAACAUUGUUUUUGAAAAUUUAUCCAUGUUGGCAAAUGUAGAUUAUUUUCAUUGUUGUAUAGUAUUUUGUUACAUAAAUAAAUCCAGAAACUUCCUUUGAGAGAUAA